CAAGACAAGAUGCUCAUUUUUUUUUGUUUUUACACCUUCUGCACAAAAUGCAUUUAACUUUUAUAUAUCUAGUUGAUGCUAGGCCUUUAAACUUUCCAAACAGUACAGGAAAGAAUAAAAAGACCAGUACCAUCCAUUACGCCUUCAGUCAGGAUUUAUGCAAAUGACAGUUUAUUUAUUAAAAGAAAAUGAGGGAAUUAUAAGAGACAGUCAGAUAUUGGAGUUCUCCUCAAACACAGCAUUACAAUAAAUGGUCAUUAAUCCAUUAUCGCUACUAGAAUAUACUUUACAGUAGACAGCCACACAAAUCUCAGGAUGUAUAGUGCCUAUAUAAUGGUAGUGGGAGUAGUGAUCAUAUGUUGUGUAGCACAAGACAACCAGAAAUCUACAAAUAAAAUACAAGGUGACGAAAGUCAUAUCCAUCGAUUGAUCAAAAGAGGAAGUUCAAGCUUUUUGAAUACAUAUGGUCGAGUACCAUGGAAAAGAACAAAGAUAGACAAUCAUAUCAACAAUAUUCCAGACUAUCAACCUGAAGCUACUGAGAAAGACGUCGGAAGUGGUAUCAUGGACGAAUUCAUGCUUUUUCUAGCAUUAAAAGAAACUGGAAUGUUAGAUUUAUGUAUGAAUACAGCUAACAGUAUUUUUUGAAGUGAUAAACAGACGCUGUUAAAUCUAGGAUUAUAUUGUAGAUACAUAUCAUAUACGGCAUCUAUUGUUAUACUAUAUUCAAUAAAGUGUCACAUUGUC